AUGGAAGUGUAUUUAAGAUUAAAAUCAGAAAAUGUUGACGCAGAUCAAACUCAUAUAAAUGAUGAUAAACCCCAUGAAAAAGCAUUUAACGAUAAAACUAUCACCUUCCAUUCAAAUAUAGGGAUAGGUAAAUUGAAUUCAUUACCGGAUGAGACGUUCCGAUUCGAUAAGAUUUUUAAUAACUAUUCGUCACAAAGUGUUAUUGCUUCUUAUUUCAUACCAUUGAUUGAACAGGAUUUGAUGAAUGGUAUCAAUUGUUCUCUUAUAACAUAUGGGUCAGAUAACACUGGGAAAACAUAUACACUAUUUGGCAGAGAUGGACUUCAUCUAGGUCUGAUACCGAGGUUAUUAACAAGAUUGUUCAAGACAAAAAAUAAGAAUGAAAGUAGAUAUAAGGAAUUAGGUGCAGAUUAUACUGUAUUCUUCAGAAUCUCUGCAUUGGACUUGUUGGACAAUAGCAAUAUAAUUAAAGAUCUAUUAUCAAACAAAGAGUAUCAUUUAACUCUGCAUAAUGAUCAUGUGGAUGGCUCAUAUAACGGAAUAUGGUCAGAAAAUAUCAGAAGGUUGUACUGUGAUACUUUAGAACAAGUGUUAACCUUCCUUAAACAGAUAUUGAAUUUUUCUCAAGGGGAUACUGCCAUAAGAUUAGAAUUGCAGCAAACAUUUAUGUCAAAAAACAUGGUAACUAAAAGUAAUCUAAUAAUUUUUGAUUUGAAAAACUUUGAUAAGCGAAACAAUCUACAUGAAAAUCUUAUUAAUAUGUUAACAGGGAAAAGCCAUCAUUAUACUGCUAACAAUUUAAAUAAAUUGCUGUAUUAUCCAAUAUUUAGCAAUUUCAAUACAAGGUUUAUAUUGACUUGUUCUUUGUCACCUGUAUUACAAAAUGAGACUUUGAAAACUUUGCAGCUUACAAAAUACCUUACAAAUAUUGUUAAAAAUUAUAUUGUACCAAAUAAGAUAUGGAUCUCCCCAGAAAAUAAACUUGACAAUUUAUCAAGUGUAAAUGAAAUAAAAAAUGAAAAUUAUGAGAAGCAAGUGGAAUUAAUUAAAGAUACUAUGAGAUUAUUCGAACCAAAAAAAGAUAAUUAUAUUAAUAUUAAAAGGCGGGAGAUUGAAAAGACCAUUUUAGAUAAUUCAAUUUUGGAGAUUGAAUGGAAAAAAUUAAUAACCAAAAAUAAUAAUGUUUACAAAGAAAAUAGUUUCCAUGGUAAUAAUGAUGAGAAUGAGAAUGAAUCAAUCGAAAUACUUAUAGAUAAAAUUAAUACACUUUUUGAUUAUAAGUUACAACUUGUUACAUGUAUUGAUAAUAAUAGGCAAUUGCAUCGAGAGAGAAAUAAUGGGGAGAGGAUCAAAACAGAAUUUGAUACAAUCAAUUCAAAGUUAUUGGAUGUUAUUAAUCAGCAAGAAAUAAAGAUUCAAGAUUAUCUGAAUGAGAAUAUGAUUUAUAAAAAGCAACUGGACCAUUUAAAAGCAUUAUAUUCAAAUAAUAAUGAAAAAAUAAGAUUCUUGGAGAAUGAAAUUCUCAAAAAUAAACAAGAACAACAAUCACACUAUUUAAGGGAAAGUCACAGUACGAUAGCGUCAUCUGUCUUAACAGAAAAUUCACAGUUUCUAUUUCUACAAAAUUCUGGUUUAACAUUAACUUCUACAGUAUCAUUAACUGAGUCAACAUCAUCAGUUUCAGAAGUUUCUGCGACAUUAUCCACGACAGCAGCACAAUCUUCAGUUGAAAUCAAAAAUAAUGACUAUUUAUCACAAGUAGGUUUUCAUUUAAAUAUAAUAAAACCAAAAUAA